GGCAAAGAAAAGGCUUGGAGCACCUCAGUCCACGGUGCCAACAGGAGUUGAACAACUCACUAUUUCUCACUUACUACUUGAAGUCGACUAAACAGAAGUUCACAAGACCCUUUCAAGAGUCCGUCCAUCCCACCGUGACCAAACACAUUUUGCGUGACCAAUGAGUGGCCAGCCCCUGAAGGAGAUGUCUGACUCUCACAGCAGUCCUCUUCUGCCAGAGCCUCUUUCCAGCAGAUACAAACUCUAUGAGUCAGGGUUGACCAGCCCUACCUGGCCCUCCAGCCCCCAGGACACACACCCAGCCCUGCCCCUCCUGGAAAUGCCUGAAGAAAAGGAUCUCCGGUCAUCCAACGAAGAGAGCCACAUUGUGAAAAUCGAAAAGCCCCCUGAAAGGAGUAAAAGGAGAGAAAGCAGGGCUGUGCCCCGGGACUCUGCAGGGGACGGGGGCAUCAGCCUCUUCGAAGCAGUGGGCUACCUCACGGGCGAGAUGAAGGAGUGCAGGAGCUGGCUGAAAGAUAAGCCACUGGCCCUCCAGUUCACAGACUGGGUCCUGAGGGGGGCUGCUCAGGUGAUGUUCGUCAACAACCCCCUCAGUGGGUUCAUCAUCUUCAUCGGGCUCCUGAUCCAGAAUCCCUGGUGGACGAUUGCUGGGGGCCUGGGGGCAGUGGUCUCCACCUUAACCGCCCUCGCCCUGAGCCAGGACAGGUCCGCCAUCGCCUCCGGACUCCACGGGUACAAUGGGAUGCUGGUUGGACUGCUGAUGGCCGUGUUCUCCGAGAAGUUUGACUAUUACUGGUGGCUUCUGUUUCCUGUGACCUUCACCGCCAUGGCCUGCCCAGUUCUUUCUAGCGCCUUGAAUUCCGUCUUCAGCAAGUGGGACCUCCCCGUGUUCACGCUGCCCUUCAACAUCGCGGUGACCCUGUACCUGGCGGCCACAGGCCACUACAACCUCUUCUUCCCCACGACACUGAUAGAGCCUGCGUCCGCAGUGCCCAACAUCACCUGGACAGAGAUCGAAGUGCCCUUGCUGCUACAAGCCAUUCCGGUUGGGGUCGGCCAGGUGUAUGGCUGCGACAAUCCCUGGACAGGCGGCGUGUUCCUGGUGGCUCUGUUCAUCUGCUCGCCACUCAUCUGUUUGCACGCGGCCAUUGGCUCAAUCCUGGGGAUGCUAGCAGCCCUGACAGUGGCCACGCCCUUCGAGGUGAUCUACAUGGGCCUCUGGAGCUACAACUGUGUCCUGUCCUGCAUCGCCAUCGGAGGCAUGUUCUACGCCCUCACCUGGCAGACCCACGUGCUGGCGCUCGUCUGCACCCUGUUCUGUGCAUACAUGGGAGCAGCCCUGUCCAACAUAAUGGCAGUGGUUGGCGUGCCACCGGGCACCUGGGCCUUCUGCCUCUCCACCCUCAUCUUCCUGCUCCUGACGACCAACAACCCCGCCAUCUACAAGCUGCCCCUCAGCAAAGUCACCUACCCGGAGGCCAACCGCAUGUAUUACCUGACAGUGAGAAGCAGUGAAGAACAGAAGGCCCCCAGCGGUGACUAGUCAAGUUCCAGGCAGAAAUGCUCUUUGCCUGGACCUUGUGUCGGUUCUCUGUGGUCUCAAUCAGCUGCAGCUCCCUCCUUCUUUGCCUUUCCUUGCACCUGUGUGGAAGCAAACACACCUAAAACUCUCUUUCCUGAUGCUGGCUUUCUCUCUCUGUCUAAAUCACCUUAACUAUCCAUCACAUGAUAUUAGAGGAAGUUGGUCAUGAGCUUCCUGGAGUCAGAAGCAAGGCAUAAUGUUUUAAAUGUCAUCGACUUAAAACAAGAAUGUUAUUUGUAUUUACUAUUUUGGGGAAGUGAUUAAGAGAUAAUCUUGUUGGCAUGCUUAACUAAAUAAUAGAUGCUUCAAAACUGAAUUUGCUGAAUGUUCCUAGGCAGACACACAAAAUUUAGGGUGAAAAUUCAGGGGACAUAUGCAAAGAACUGAAGGCACCACAGUGCACAGAGCUAGCAGCUGGGACACAUACGGCUUUCCAUGAAAGAGGAAUUUCACACUGAUAAAGUUUUAAAGUCAAAAUAGGGGCAACUAGGGCACGCGAAGUGUCUAGACAGGGAGUCUUGAGCAGUUAGUGGUCAGAGUAAUAAGCAAGAUUAUAUUCCAUAGCAGGAAGGAAUUAAUUAAUUAGAAUCCUAUAUGUGACUUUUAUUAUGAAAGAUAAGCCUUCCUCAAACCAGCUCAAACCAGCAACUAUGGGUAGAAAUUUCAGUUGAGGAAAUGCUUGAGCUCAUUGGUGAAGAGCUAGGGAAGUUUAUUCCAUUUUCUUACUUGCUUGUGGGUAUUGGGAAGCUCCAUGAAAUGUUUGAUAUUUAACUAGUUACCCUUGAUUCUAGAAGACAAACAAUUAUCCACGAAUUUUGCAAUUUGGCGUCCCAAUCCAUGUAGUCAUUAGUUUGCAUUCAUUCUUUAGUUACAUAUAGCUAAGGAGUUAACAAAUUUUUUCUGGAAAGGGUCAUAUAGUAAAUAUUUUUGGCUCUGGAAGACAUACAGUCUCUUUUGAAAAUACCCAAUUCUGUCACUGUAGC